GCCGUGUUGUCAGUGUCAGCUUUGCGCACGCAGCCCUUCCGGAGCCGGUGCCGGUCCGCGAGCCCGCACGUCUCUGCAGACGAGUCCCCGCCCGGGUCCGGCAGGGCCCGCGCCGUGGGAGGAGUCGGACGCUGGCCGGAGACUAACCCAGGUCGGACUGCCGGACUAACCAAGGAGGGAACCGGACCGCGCAGAGAGCGACCCCGGCGUCGCGACCCCCGAGGACUCCUCUUGUCGAUCUGUGGCACCCACUAGUUCCGGACACCCAGCCCCGCAGAGCCCCCGAGCCCGCGCGCCCAGCCCCGGGGGAGCCCGCCCCCGCCCCGCGGCCCGCCCGGGCCAUGCUCCCCCGGGGCAGCGGCUGAGCCCGAGCCGGGUCCCGGACCGGAGCCCGCGCGGAGCAUGGAUCCGGGCUGGGGGCAGCAGGACGUGGGCUGGGCGGCCCUGCUGAUCCUCUUCGCCGCCUCGCUGCUCACGGUGUUUGGCUGGCUGCUACAGUAUGCCCGGGGCUUGUGGCAGGCGCGGGCCCGCGGGGGCCGGGGGCCGGGACCCGCCUUAGCUGCCGAGCCCGCGGGCUUCCCGCGGGAGCUGGGCGUGUGGCGCUCGCUGCUGCGGCUGCGGCCGACCCGGGCCGGCGUCCCCGAGGAGCCAGGCGUCCGGGGCCUCCUGGCGUCGCUCUUCGCCUUCAAGUCUUUCCGAGAGAACUGGCAACGGGCUUGGGUGCGAGCGCUGAACGAGCAGGCCUGCAGGGACGGGAGUUCCAUCCAAAUCACCUUUGAGGAGGUGCCCCAAGUCCCACCCAGAGCCAGCAUUGGUCAUGUGACCUGCGUAGACCAAUCGGACCGCACCAUGGUGCUGCGUUGCCAGCUCUCUGCUGAGGAGGUGAUGUUCCCAGUCUCUGUGACCCAGCAGUCCCCCGCUGCCGUCUCCAUGGAGACCUACCACGUCACUCUGACACUGCCACCAACACAGUUGGAAGUCAGCCUGGAGGAGAUCCCUGGCGAGGGCCUGCUCGUGUCCUGGGCCUUUACUGAUCGCCCAGACCUCAGCCUGACGGUGCUUCCCAAGCUGCAGGCCAGGGAGAGAGGCGAGGAGCAAGUGGAGCUCUCCACCAUUGAAGAAUUGAUUGAGGACACCAUUGUCAGCACCCAGCCGGCCAUGAUGGUCAACCUCAGGGCUUGCUCUGCGCCUGGAGGCCCGGUACCCAGUGAGAAGCCACCUGUGGUGCCCCAGGCACAGCCAGCCAUCUCCAGACCUACCCGGUUAUUCCUACGGCAGCUUCGAGCGUCUCACCUGGGAAGUGAGUUGGAAGGCACAGGGGAACUGUGCUGUGUAGCUGAGCUCGACAACCCGGUGCAACAGAAGUGGACCAAGCCCAUGAGCGCUGGUCCUGACGUGGAGUGGACUGAGGACCUGGCCCUGGAUCUGGGCCCCCAGAGCCGGGAGCUGAGCCUCAAAGUACUGAGGAGCAACAGCUGUGGAGACGCUGAACUCUUGGGCCAGAUCACACUGUCUGUGGGGCCCCCUUCCAGACCUCUCUCCCGAAGACAGCUAUGCCCACUCGCCCCUGGGCCGGGGAAAGCCCUGGGACCGGCGGCCACCAUGGCAGUAGAGCUUCAGUAUGAGGAGGGCUCCCCCCGGAACCUGGGCACUCCCACUCCCUCCACUCCACGCCCCAGCAUCACACCCACCAAGAAGAUCGAGCUAGACCGGACCAUCAUGCCUGAUGGCACCAUUGUGACCACAGUCACCACCGUCCAGUCCCGGCCCCGUGUAGAAGGGAAACUAGACUCCCCCUCCCGCUCCCCGUCCAAGGUGGAGGUGACCGAGAAGACGACAACUGUGCUGAGUGAGAGCAGUGGCCCCAGCAGUGCUUCCCACAGCAGCAGCCCAGGGGAGAGCCACCUUUCCAACGGCUUGGACCCUGUAGCAGAGACAGCGAUUCGUCAGCUCACUGAGCCCAGCGGGCGGGCAGCCAAAAAGACACCCACCAAGCGUAGCACUCUUAUCAUCUCUGGCGUUUCCAAGGUGCCCAUUGCUCAGGACGAGUUGGCACUAUCUCUGGGCUAUGCGGCAUCCCUGGAUGCCUCAAUGCAGGAUGAUGCAGGAACCAGUGGAGGUCCCUCCUCACCACCCUCAGACCCACCAGCCAUGUCCCCAGGACCCCUCGAUGCCCUCUCCAGCCCCACCAGCGCCCAGGAAGCAGAUGAGACAACACGUUCGGACAUUUCUGAGAGGCCAUCUGUGGAUGAUGUUGAGUCGGAAACAGGGUCUACUGGUGCGCUGGAGACCCGCAGCCUCAAGGAUCACAAAGUGAGUUUCCUGCGCAGUGGCACGAAGCUUAUCUUCCGCCGGAGGCCUCGACAGAAGGAAGCUGGUCUGAGCCAAUCACACGAUGACCUCUCCAAUACGGCGGCCACACCCAGUGUCCGAAAGAAGGCUGGCAGCUUUUCUCGCCGCCUUAUCAAGCGCUUUUCCUUCAAAUCCAAACCCAAGGCCAAUGGCAAUCCCAGCCCCCAGCUCUGAGGGCCCUUCCCACCUCCUGAGCUAGGAGAGGGCAGGAGUCCUCUCAGCCCACCCCCCACAUCCUCUUCCGUUCCCCUUCCUGGAUUCCCAACAGCCUGGGCCAGGGAAGCCCUCUGGGUUCCAGGAAGCCCUGUCCACCCUGGGCUGUGGGGCCGGUUGGAAGGCUACUUGCAACGGGAAGCAUGAGGGGGCGGGCACCCGUUGCUGAGGACACAGAAGAGGGAGUGGGUGGCUGGGAGUAGAGGAGGGCUCUGUCCUGGCACGUGUGGGCAUUUCUCAGAACCGGUUGCCUGCUGUUGACAUUGGCCCCUCAGAGGAGUCCCAGGGUGCUCAGCUCCUCAGCUGGUCCUUCCUCCCCUAUUUAUUCUCUUUUCUAUUUAUAUGUGUGGUCCAGGACCCUCAGUGAACAGAUGAGAGAGGGCAUCUCUCCCAGGUGACCCUUCUUUCCUGUCCCAGGAGGGUAGGCAAUUAAUUCCCUUUGGGACAGGACUCCCAUGUCUCCCUCAGGUCCCCACUCCAACCAGCACCAGUGUCUGCCUCUGGGGACAUUGGCAGCUCACAGAAAGCCCGAGCCGGUGCCCUGGAUGGGGGGCAGGUACUCCCCACCUCCCUGCCUCCCCUCCUGCUCCUCAUCCCUCCCUCCCCUUUAUUACUGUUUUUGUACUUGAUGCCUUCUCCGUGAGCAGUGGCUCUGUCAGAAGGAGGGAGUCAGGAGCUGGAUGGAAGCCUUCCCCAGAGAAAUGGCUUUCAGGGGCUUUAUUAAAGACUGUGAUGAUGAUGGAGCAAGAGCAGGGCUAUACCUCUGUGUGUUGGGAGAUGAUGAUGUCCAUUGCUGUGUGAUGGCUUGGAAUUUAAUUUAUUAAAUUAAAGUCAAAUUGGAGUUUACAAACUG